CCUCCCUCCUCCUACCCUGCUCGACUUUACCAUCUCGUGCACUUCAGAUCCCUCCUCUUCUCUCUCUCGGUUUGCAAACCCCACAAAGACUUUGGGUGGCAAAAAUAAUUGGUGAUAAACCCACGUACUCUCUCUCUCUCUCUGUCUCUUCCUUUCACUUUGAUUCUUUAUAAAGAAAUAAAUGCCCUCUUAAAGACUCUCUAUUUCCUUGUUCUCUUGAUAUUAGAAAUUCUUGUUGAAAAUUCAGUUUUGAAGCUUUGAUGAGCUCAAAUCAAACACAUCAUAUAACAUUUUAUCUUUUACCCUUAAUUCUCUUAGCUUCAGUAAUCACUGUCCAAUUUUUUAGCGUGUUAAUGUGUUUCUUGAAGGUUUUUCCCUAAUUUAUAAGACCCUGUUUCGGUUUUAUUGAGAUAUUGUGAGUUGACAUGGAAGCAAAACCCAGUUCUUUAGUUAUCAAAGUUGGCUCCCUUUUGGUAAAUUCUCAAAGAUUGAUUUUUUCAAGCAAAAACCCACUAUGUAGUUCUUGUAUAUUGUCUGGUACCUUCAAGUCUGUGACAUGUUCGACAAUAAGCCAAACCCAAUCCGAAACUGUAUCAGGGGGUGGUGCAGAGCAACCAGCUAACUCGGUUGAAGUUCUGAGGAGGUAUGGUUGUAGCGAUGAUGACAUAGAGAAGAUGUUCCUGCGACGCCCUUCUUUGCGCAAUGCUGAUCUUUCCCAGCUUCAAUUCAAGCUAAAUUUACUUUGGGGGUUGGGUAUCACAUCGAAUGACCUUGUUAAGAUCAUUAAUUGUCGCCCACGAUUGCUUAGUGUUCGCAUAAAUCAUUUUUUUGAUGAGCGUCUGGAGUAUUUUAUGACCUUGUUUGGAUCAAGGGAAACCCUACUCAAGGCCAUUAUUAGAAAUCCUUCUCUCUUGACAUAUGACUUUCAUAAUAGGAUUAAACCUGUCAUCACACUAUAUGAAGGACUGGGUAUUAGUAGAGAGGAUUUGGUUCCCUUGCUAUUGUCACGGCCUACUAUGAUUCCGCGAACUUCAUUUAAUGAUGAGAAGAUGGAAUACAUACGCAAAAGUGGGGUUUCCAAGGAUUCCAAUAUGUUUAAGCAUGUGGUUAGCAUCAUUGGUGUCUCAAGGAGUCAGACCAUCUGUGAGAAGGCAGCAAAUAUAGAGAAGUUUGGGAUGUCGAAUGAAGAAGUUUGGCAUCUUAUCGGUCGUAGCCCCUAUCUCUUGACACUAUCUGUUGAUAAGGUUCAAAGGAAUAUGACGUUUGUAGUGGGCACAAUGAAGCUUCCUGCAAAUGUGAUCCUUGAACACCCAUUUUUGCUUUACAAUAAUCUGGAGGCUGUGUUGAAGCCGCGGUGGCUUCUUGCUGGGAAGAUAGAGGAUAUGGGUCUUUGCCCGAAAAUUAAAGGAUCAUUGAUGUUGAGGGCACUUAGGAUGGCAGAACAGCGAUUCUUGAAGGCAUUUGUUUCAUGUCACCCUGAUGUUGUUGCUAAAGAAUUGAUGGAGUUCUAUACAACGGCAAAAUGUGUCAAGCGGCUGGCCGUGUCAUCGAAGAAGGCAGUGUUUAAAGGAUUUCCUUUCUGAGUUUUGUUGCAUGCCAGGUGCUCAUCAUAUUCCAGCUUUAAUCCAUCUGAUAGUAUGAUUGAAUUGCUGUGCACUUGGUGGGGACUCUGAAAUACGAGUCAUUGUUUACGCAAAUGUAAUGAUCUUCUAUGAUGAGGUAGUCCACUUGUUGUUCAUUGAUUAGGAGAUUGAGGAUAUUCAAGUUCAACUUAUUGAAUUUUAUUUAAUUAUAUUAUUGGAUGUGAA